AUGUAUGGAACGACUUUGCUAAAGAGAAGCACAAGUGUGGAUCCCGACCAGGUCAGGAUCAUGCAAGGAUUCGCAUCCCUCCAUCUAGAAUCGCAGUUCCUAGGGACAAGCUCGCCGGGCAUUGACAUCCUCGUGCAGUCUUCUGUGGAAGAUGUGCCGUCACGCACCUUCCAAUCGAUUGAAGAAGCUCGAUACUCGUUGAACAAACUUGUUCACGCUAUCCUUCUCAUCUCGCGGCGUUUCCUCCGGAUAACAGCAACGGAGCGUGAGGAUCAACUGAGAAGGCUUGACAUCCACAAUCAGGCACUAUGCUUACUCCAGGACUGGCUGAAAACGUACAAGUCUACAAAUUUUUGCGUGACGAAGAAGGAUCGCGACUGCCAAGUUGGACACACAAUACUACUCAAUCAUUACGAAAUGGCACUCAUCAUGUGGGGUCACAUAGGCUGCACCUCAGAAUCCGGGUAUGAGUUCCAUACUGCAAAGUUCCUCGCCAUACUGGAGCAUUCAGUGGAAAUCUGGCACUUGUUGCCUUCACUGUCUGCAGCCCAGAGCACUAGUAUUGGCGACAACUUGGCUACUCCGUUGUUCUUUACAGCUCUCAAAUGUCGCGACCGCCGCAUUCGAUUACAAGCCGUCAGAUUACUCAACACCAUCCCCUUCAGCCAGGGCGGCUGGAGCUGCCUGUUGAUGUCCAAGAUUGCAGCAGAAAUUGUGACAUUGGAGCAAGAUGCUUCCACCGAUCGCUUCCUGAAAGACGGCUUUGAUGUCACUGACACUCAGACUUUUGCUGGCGUUGAGACUUCCCCUCACUCAUCUUCGAAACUGAUUCAUGACGUACGGAUAAGUUCUUGGGAUACGUCAACUGAUACAGUUAGCCUUCGUUGUCAGCGAUGGACCGAUGAUGGCGGAGUGAUAACAUUCUAUCAUGAUAUGAUUAUCUCCCGGUAG